AUGGCAGCAGCAUCCCACAAUGGUGUAACAGGGGACAAUGAAUAUAAUAGGCCCACAUUUGAUGAAAUGACCAGCAAGGACUAUUACUUUGAUUCGUAUGCUCACUUUGGAAUACAUGAAGAAAUGUUAAAAGACGAAAUACGGACAAUUACGUACAGAAAUGCAAUAUAUCACAAUAAGCAUUUGUUUAAAGACAAAAUUGUAAUGGAUGUUGGCUCAGGAACUGGGAUUUUGUCUAUGUUUGCGGCUAAAGCUGGUGCUAAAAAAGUCAUUGCGAUUGAGUUCUCAAAUAUGGCCAUACAAUCCAAGCAAAUUGUAAUAGACAACAAUUUCGAGGGUAUCAUUGAUGUCAUCCAUGGAAAAGUUGAAGAUGUGAAAGAGUUGCCUAAUGGCAUUGAAAAGGUUGAUGUAAUCAUUUCGGAAUGGAUGGGAUACUGCUUGUUCUACGAAUCGAUGCUGAAUACAGUAAUAUAUGCUCGAGAUAAGUGGUUGAAGCCAGAUGGUGCACUUUUUCCAGAUAAGGCAAAACUCUUUUUGUGUGCUAUUGAAGAUCGACAAUAUAAGGAAGAUAAAAUUAAUUGGUAUUACUCGUGGGAUAAUGUUUAUGGGUUCAAUAUGUCGAGUAUUCGGCGUGUAGCCAUUACAGAGCCUUUGGUUGAUGUUGUUGAUCCAUCUCAAAUUGUCACUAAUAAUUGCUUGAUCUGUGACGUUGACUUAUACUCUGUUAAAGUGGAGGAUUUAAAAUGGACCAAUAAUUUUACUCUACGAAUUACAAGAAAUGAUUAUGUACAAGCUUUGGUUACGUUUUUCACUAUUGAAUUUUCCAAAUGUCACAAACGAACUGGUUUUUCAACUGGACCUGAUUCCCAGUAUACUCAUUGGAAGCAGACAGUUUUUUAUUUGAAGGAUGCUCUGACAUGUAAAAAAAAUGAAGAAAUUACUGGUACUUUUUCAAUAGCACCAAAUGCGCGGAAUGAAAGGGAUCUAGAUUUCAAAAUUUUGGUGCGUUUUCACGGUGAAGUUUGUGAUGUUGAAGAAGAAAAUACAUACACAAUGCAUUAA